GCGUGCACGGCCCCAAAGGGAGCAGCAGGAGGGGGGCGCGGGGCAGCCCACGGGGGGGGGGCGGCCCCGCUGCCAGCCCCGUGCUCGCUCCCAGCCCGGUCAAUGAUUAACGCCGGCGGGGCCCCAUCGCGGGGCGGGCCCCGGCUGCCUCCAGGUGCGGGCCCGGGGCCGCCCGCGGUGCCCCCUCAGCGCCCCCCGCAUGGAGGCGGCCGGGGCCGGGGUCCCUGAGGGAGCGGAGCGGGGCCCGCGGGUGGUGGCUGUGGCGGUGCUCGGUGCUGGUGGUCCCCUGGAGGGGGAGCCGCCGCCCUACUCGCCGCCCGACCCCCGCAGCGCCCACCUGCUCUGCCCGCCCUUCGCCCCGCCGCCCUCCAGCGCCUUCCAGCCCUGCCCGCAGCCCGGCGCUCCCCCGCCCUUCAGCCCCUUCGAGCUGCGCCCCGGCCCCGUGCCUCCUGCUUCCAGCCAGCGGCCGCCCAAGGACUACCUGGUGGAGUCGGUGCUGGUGACCGUCUUCUGCUGCCUGCUGACCGGCGUCGUGGCGCUCGUCUACUCCCACGAGACCCGCGCCGCGCUGAGCCGCGGGGACCUGGCUCAGGCCAAGGCGGCGUCCAAGAAGGCGCAGUCGCUGGUGCUCUUCAGCCUGCUCUUCGGCCUCUUCGCCUCCUUCAGCUGGGUCAUCUACGUCCUGGUGGCCCUCUACCUAUGACAGGGCCCCGAGCCCCAGCGGCACGGAGCGUGCGGGGGGCUCCUUGCAGCCUGGGGGGCUCCGGGUGGGCAGAGCGGCCGCGGUGCCCGUGUGGCAUUGCCGGGGCUGCUGCGGGAGGAGGGUGAGCACCGGGAGGAAGGUGAGAACCGGGCACCAUCAGGAAUCGCCCUGCUGAGGUAGCACAGGUAGCUCGCUGGCUGCCCAGGAGCCACAGCCCAGGCAGGACGGACGCGGAGCAAGGCGAUGCUGGCGCUGAGCCCUGCCUGAGCUGGCGAGGAGCUGCUCUGGCCCCGCUGCACCACAGGAUCUGGUUCUGCAGCAGGUUAUUUAGUCCAGCUGCCGGGACUGUCCCUUGGAGGAGCAAAAUACCCGGCAGUGGAGCUCAGGGACGCAGCAGGAGGCACGCUGGCUGCUUGGCAGGGGGAGCACCUCGCAGGUUUGGGGCUGGAAAUGGAGUAAAUGGCCAAGAAGUUAACGAAAGGCCAAAGCGUGCGACUGCUCUGCACAGGCAGCUGCUGCUCUGGGCGUCCAAGUGCACCUUCCCCCUCCCAGUAAUUAAUAAUGUGAGAAAAUAUAAAAAUAGGUAUUUUAGCUUUAAUGAUCAUUCUGCACACAUAACUAUGCUGUUUCCUUUUUGCUGCUUCCAGUUUUAAAUAAAAUACAGGCACAGCCAGA